AUGGCCCAGAGGCGACAGAAGUCCCUUAGUCUACAGGGGUCCAUACUGGCAGUAGGAGAGAAGGUCUUCUCCACCAAUGAGUCUGCCACUUUUGAUGCCUUUCGGGAGGCAUGCCCCAAAGCAGGCGGCCACAUUGUUGUCGUGAGGAGUCCAGAGGAAAACGAGGCCGUUGCAAGCUUCGUGAAGAAGUACAACACGUAUGCCUAUGUGGGCCUGAUUGAAGGUCCAAGCCCUGGAGACUUCCGCUACUCAGAUGGGACCCCUGUAAACUACACCAACUGGUACCCAGGGGAGCCCGCGGGUCGGGGAACCGAGCAGUGUGUGGAGAUGUACACAGACGGGCGGUGGAAUGACAGGAACUGCCUGUACAACCGACUGACCAUCUGUGAGUUCUGAGAGGCAUUUAUGCCACAGGACAGGGAGGAUCCUGUCUGGCCUUCGGUUUCCAUCCCCAGUAUCCGCUUGGUCUGUGAGAUGCUGGAACUCCCUUUCAACAGAAUUCACUUGUGGCUAUUAGGGCUGAAGGCAUCCUUAACCACUUCAUUCCCCUGAUGGGCCCUGACUCUUCCCCCAAAUCACUGGCCAGCCUUGACACUUCCCUUGCAAACCCUCCCAGCACUGCACCCCAGGCAGCCACUCCUAGCCUUGGCCUUCAGCAUGAGAUGGAGCCCUCCUUAUUCCCCAUCUGGUCCAGUUCCUUCACUUACAGAUGGCAGCAGUGAGGUCGUGGGGUAGAAGGACCCUCCGAAGUCACAC